AAAAUUGCCUGCAACAUCCUGUCUCGCAGGACAUUGCAAAUUUAAACACAUAUUCAAGAGUCAGACUUUUUAACUUUUCUGUUAUACAUUGGAGAUCUUAUUUGUAAUAUUUUUUGGACAAUCAGUCUUGAUAGGUGUCCUCAGCAUUGAGAAUGGACGAUAUCCAGGUAGUUGAGUCGAAACCUCUGCUUGUUGACAGGGAUUUGCAAGGGCUAAGGGAAGCUGUUCAGCAGCUGGUGAUUAAGGAACAUGAUGUGGAGACUCCAUAUGGCAGAGUCCACUGUACCAUGAAAGGAGUUCCUAAGGGUGACCGACCUGUCAUCCUCACUUUCCAUGAUAUCGGACUAAACCAGAAAUCCUGCUUUGAAACCCUGUUCAACCAUGAAGAUAUGCAGGAGAUUAUGCAGCACUUUGCUGUGUGCCACGUAGAUGCACCAGGGCAGCAAGAUGGAGCUAACACCUUCUCUACUGGAUAUGAGUACCCUUCCAUGGACCAACUGUCUGAGACUCUCCCAUCAAUCCUUAAACAUUUUGGACUGAAGAGUGUAAUCGGCAUGGCUGUUGGAGCAGGCGCUUAUAUCCUUUCUAAGUUUGCUUUGGAUUACCCUGAUUUAGUGGAGGGCCUUGUUCUAAUAAACAUCAACCCUUGUGCUGAGGGCUGGAUGGACUGGGCGGCACACAAAAUCACUGGUUGGACUCAUGCCAUGCCUGACAUGAUCAUCUCACACUUGUUUGGAAAGGAGGAAAUUCAACAGAACCAUGAGCUCAUUGGCAGGUACCGUCACCACAUUGUGAAUGACAUGGACCAGUUCAAUCUGCAACUCUUUGUCAAGUCCUACAACAGCCGACGAGACCUAGAAAUCGAGAGGCCUGUACCUGGUGGAAAUGCCAGUGUCAGAACUCUUAAGUGUCCUGCACUCCUGGUGGUUGGAGACAGUUCUCCUGCAGUUGAUGCUGUGGUUGAGUGCAACACUAAACUAGACCCAACUAAAACCACACUGCUUAAGAUGGCUGACUGUGGGGGCUUGCCACAGGUCGACCAGCCUGGAAAGCUUACAGAGGCUUUCAAGUACUUCAUUCAGGGUAUGGGUUACAUGCCAUCUGCCAGCAUGACCCGCCUGGUUCGUUCUCGCACAGCAUCCGGAUCAAGUGUCACUUCCUUCGAUGGCAACCGCAGUCGUUCCCACACCAACGAGGGCCGUAGCCGAGCCCACACUUCCGACAACCAGCGUGGACGCUCGCACACCGACACCAUGGACAGUUCUGUGGACCAGGCUCCCAAGUCCACUGAAGUGUCCUGUUAGACUGGCAACCAUGUCUCCAGUCAAAUCUCACAUUAGCCUCUCUGUUCUGACUGUGCUGCGCUGCCACUAACUACACCCGCAAUAGGACUGCAUGCCACCAGCUCUGGGGUUUCCCAAAGGGGUCUUCCACCAUUUUCAUAGUCAGAGAGCAUUUGCGCCAAAGUGUCUUGUAUUUAAGACUACAUAUCCUGGGGAAACACUGAGAAAAGAGUGGAUAGAGUGGAUGAAGAAAAGAUGGAGUUUUAUUUUGCCCUGCACAAUGGCUGUCUUGUUGUUGUUAGAGGCAAUGCAGCACAGAGACACUGUGAUGGUCAACAUCCAAAAAAGCUGGGCACUGAAAAGCGCACACGUUUGUAAAUGUAUGCUGAUCCUUUAAUCCACAUUUUAUUUUCUUCUUUACAUUCACAUAUACUUAACUGUAGUGUCACUCAUUGAAUGAUUGUAAAUAGCUCAUUUAUGUCAAGUUAUAAUACCAGAUAUUUACAUGCUAAUUUGAGUGCAUAAUUAAUUUUCUGUAUAUCUUGAAAUGGACCGCAAUGUUUGGAAAAGGGAUUUGUUGACCAGAGAUGAGUUAAUAUUUUAAUGAUACUAAACUACCUUAUAAAAUUAAGGGAUAAGCUCAUACUGUGUUUAUCUGCAUUUACCUUUUGGGGUGUCCCAUUAUUGUGGGUUAUAUUUGUAACUCAAUGACUGAUGCUCUUGAGAGUGAUUCUUUUUUUUCUUUUAAAUGUGAGAUCAAAUAACUAUAAAUGUUUUAGAAAUAAUCUUAUCAUUAAUUGAAAUUCAACAAAACCAAUCUGUAGAUAAGGCAAAGUGAAUGUAGUCUGUACAUGAAUAUUUUUGUUGUUUUUGUUUGUAACAAUGAUUUCUAUGCAAUCAAGCACAACAGAACAAAAUGUGCCAUGUGCUCUACUUGGACUGAAUGCUUUUUCUCUCAAGGUUUUGAAAUUGUAAUGCAAUGGAUUGCUCAGAAGGAGAAAGAGGUAAAUCUUAGAAAUUCACUUGCUCUUCCAUGCACACUAAAACAAAAGCUUGCAGGCUCUGUAAGGCACAUUGCUUUGUAAUGAUGUACAACUUAAUGCACUGCAUUUUUAAUGGAAAAAGAUUUGUAUUUAUAAAAAUAUAUAUAAAAAAUUAAAAUAAAGUUAUGAGAAAUUUAA